UCACACACACACACAAACGUUUAUUAAACGUCUAAAUUUUAUGCGGUAUUUUUUUCAUUUCAACAAAUUUUCCUUAAAAAAAUAAAGAUUUUUAAUAAAAUAUCAAAUAAAUAAAUAAAAAUUUAUAGCAACAUGGAUGUGCGACCAAACCAAACCAUAUACAUUAAUAAUCUUAAUGAGAAAAUCAAAAAAGAAGAAUUGAAAAAAUCACUAUACGCCAUUUUUUCACAAUUUGGACAAAUUUUGGAUAUAGUGGCGUUGAAAACAUUAAAAAUGCGUGGUCAGGCAUUUGUUAUAUUCAAAGAAAUUGGCAGUGCUUCCAAUGCCCUCCGCACUAUGCAAGGAUUUCCUUUUUAUGAUAAACCCAUGCGCAUAGCAUACGCUAAAACCGACUCAGAUGUGGUAGCCAAAAUAAAGGGUACCUUCAAGGAAAGACCUAAGAAGUUAAAGCCACCAAAGCCCGUGCAGCCUGUGGAGGAUAAAAAAGACAAAAAGAAAAAGACUAGUAAUGCGGAGAAUGCCAAUCCCAAUACCCAAACCGAACAGCCGCCCAAUCAAAUUCUUUUCCUCACCAAUCUACCGGAGGAAACCAACGAAAUGAUGUUAUCCAUGUUGUUUAAUCAAUUCCCCGGCUUUAAGGAAGUACGUUUGGUGCCGAAUCGUCAUGAUAUUGCUUUUGUGGAAUUUGCCACUGAAUUGCAGAGUAAUGCCGCCAAAGAAGCUUUACAAGGUUUCAAGAUUACACCUUCACAUGCUAUGAAAAUAACAUUCGCCAAAAAGUAGUUUUAUGAAAUAUUUACAAUUCAUAUUGAAUACUUUUUGUCAGUCGUGCGAAUCGGAGGAAGUUUGAUUACUUUCUUUGGUUACAAAUUAGAAUUAACUAUUUUUGCAUUAGUAGAAAAGAAAAGAUUUUGUCAAACACAUUUUGAAAGUUAAGUUUUUCAAAGAGGUGUAAAAUUAAUGAAUUAAUUUAAUGUGUAAAACAAAUACAAUUUUACAAAUAAUUACAAAAACAAA